AUGGGUGUCGUGCCGCCAGAAUCCAAAGAGGCUGAAGCCUCGUCUUCGAAUCCCCAUGAGGACGUACUAGGCGUACCACCACCAGCUUAUACUCCGCUCCCCGAGGCCUCGUCCUCGUCUUCAGCACCAGAAAACCCCGACAUCCCACAAUCCAAGGCCAUCUCCGCCCGAACCUCAGUCAACCUGACUGGGCCCCUCGAAGUCCAAGGCUCCAUCACCGCGUCCUCAUCCAUCACCCUCAAAAGCCGUAUCGUUGUACAGGGGAAAUGCAGUUCCUCCUCCAGCGUCACACUCAGUGACAACAUCACCAUCCAAGGCAAAAUUGACUCCUCAAGUAAAAUACUGCUUCGGGACGGGGUGAGAGUUGAAGGGAAAAUAGAUGGCUCUAGUAGUAUAGAUAUCAUCGGCGGGAACGGAGGUGUUUGGAUAGGCGGGAAGAUUGAUGCGUCUGGACCUUUGACUUUCGAUGGGACCGGCGUGGAUGAAGAGAAGGGUGUCCAGGGUGUCCAUGGUGCGGUAUCGGUUCAAGGGAAAGUCGAUACUAGUUCUAAUCUGGACAUCCGAGGCAAUGUAGAGAUUGAAGGGGACGUUACUGUCAGUGGGAAGUUCAAUAUCGUUUCUGCUACAAUGUCUCAAGACGAGGGCACUGUUAGGUUUGGGGGUAAGGUUUCUGGCCGGAAUGGCGCCGUGAUCGAAGGCCAUGUGAUUGCAGAGAAGAACUUCCUAGUCAAGGGAAAUUUGAAAAUUGUAGGGAGGCUUUAUGUUAAAGGAGAUUUGGAGGUGCGUGGUUCGGUCGCUUUGGGGAAGGGUUCAGAAUUGGUUGUCGAUGGCAAGAGGACAAUUCAUGGGACUUUGGGGGAAGUUUGA